AUGAAGCGGAAGGAGCUGCUAGCUGUAUGUGAAGAGCUGAUCAAGUCGUUCGACCCAGCGAAGACCACGGUCGACGCUCAUGCGACGGAGGAGCUUCGAGGAGUGUCUUCCACUACCGACCAACGGUUCCUGCAACAGGUUUUGUACGGGUCGUACCGCUACCGUGACUUGCUGCGUCCAAUGCUGACGCUGUUUCUCGACUCGCACUCGAGCCAAGUGAGUCGUACGGACUACACCAAGUUCCUAAUCAUGGGCUACUUGGCCAUGUUUCGACUCGAAGAGCUCGGAGCUCCAGCAUUUUCCGGCUUGGCGCUGGCUCUCCAACCCACCAGUAUGUACGCCUUCAUCUCGUACAUCUUCAAUCCAGAAGAGCUUCGAGGGACGCUGCACGCGCAAUGGACUCGGGUCCUUGACACUGAAUUCGUUGAGACGCAGAUUAUCGACAAGAUGCUGAGCUUUGAGCCGGAAAUCGACAAACUGCUCGCUUCCAAGCCGCCCACAGUGCCUGUGAUGCCCAAUAUCACUCAGCCAAAGCCUCGAAAAGCUCUCGAGCCCAUCCGCAUUCCUCGAGAAGUCAAGGCGAACCCGGUACCAGCAUCACUCAACCGACUCUCGUUAGCCGAGUUGCAAGCUCAGCAGGAAGCUCGGAAGGAGCGCAUCAAAGCUGAAGUGGCAAGUAAAUACGCUCCCACCGACGAAUUCCAGUUCGCCACAGCAACUCGAGGCAGCAACUUGGAGGCAGUUCGAGAGGAAGUCGAGCGCGAGCGUGAGGCAGCGCUGCAGUUUGACUUCAAGGCGAAGCCUGUUCCUCAUGCCAGCACUUCCGCUGCUACCGCAGCCAACACCACCGAAGUGAAGCUCACAGCGGCCGCCAUCUUGAGGGAAGACGCGCUGCAUAAGCGCAAGAAAGACCGGGAAGCGGCGUUGAUUCGCGCCUAUGAGUCGGAACUGCGAGACCCGCUCGAGUUCUACCGCUGGCAAGCCAACAUGCAGCAGCAGGACGAAGCGAAUUGGCGGCGUGAGGUGGAAACCCGCCGUCUUGAGAUGGUCCAAGCGCAAUACGACGCCAUCGAGGCAGCACGACACGCCAAGCUCGAGAAUCGGGAGGUGGCUAUGGAAAUGAAAGAGCGCGCACGAAGCCGAGCUGCUGAGCGUGAGCAAGAAGAGAACGAGCUGGUUGAAAAGUACCGACAGCUGACCGAAGAGGCCAAGCGUGUCAGGGACACCGCUCCUCGAGAAGCUGAGGCUCAAGUCCGCGAGGAAAAUGCUCGACAACGUGACGCACUGCAGGAGUUCUUGGUCGCCGAAAGAGAGCGUAAAGCCAAGGAGGAUGCGAAGGAGCAGGCAGCUCGCGAAGACUUGAUCCGCCAGAUCCGAGCUCUAGACCGCGUCCACCGCGAGUACGUCGCUGUGUUCGACCCGACGGAGACAGCUCAGCUCGGUCUUCUCCAGGAGAUGUCGCUUGCAGAGCUCCGCGAACGGCUUCGAGUGCGUCAUGAAGAGCAGAAGCGCUGGGAGGAAUCUCGACGUGAAGCCAUUCUCACGGACAAGCAGGAGAAAAGUGCCGAUCUGCUGGAAAAGGCGACCAAUGCUGCGCGUCGUCGGCGAGCCACCGCAAGUGCGAACGCCGCCGUUCGCAGCAAGAAGAAGGCUCUGACUGCCGCUCGCGAGAUGGAGGAGCAAGCGCUUCGUCGUAAGAACAAUCUCGAGCUCGCUGAAAAGCUCCAGCGCCAACGAGAAGAGCGCAAGCAGCAGACGGACAAACUUCGCCUGGAAGCCGAGGAGCUCGCUACACGAAGACGAUUCCUGGGCGCGGCCAAGAACAUGCUCGAGGAGAACCACUUCGACCAGGUCAAGUGCGGCUUCGAGCGUGAGGCCAAGAACCGACAGGAGACGCACCAAAUGGAGUCCAUCACCAUGGAGAAUGUCCGAGCUCAGGAGAAGCGCAUGAACGCGGAGUACCGUGAACGUCAGCGCGUGGCUAAGCAAGAAGAGGACCACGCCAGAGCUCAAGUGUUCGCCAGAGCGAAGGAAGACGCUCGACGGCGCAACCGGGAGGAAGAUGAAACACUGCGAGCGCUCGUGCGCCAUGAACAGCAGCGAUUUGACCAUGCAUGCGGGACCUUACAGGCUCGCAACAUGUACGCUACCAAGCAGACCCAGAGCUUGACCGUGCAGGCGAGAACCCUCUCGGCCACGAGAACCAAGCCCCACACCAGGAUUGCAGCGACGCAGAGUCCUAGCUGUAACCAAGAGCAGGAACAACAAGUAGCUACGUAA